UACAUAACACAAACUCUGGCAUUAUGAAAUGAAAAUGCAAUUAUUUUUGUUUUGCCUUCUUUGUUGUUAUUGUUUUUUUUUGUUAUUUUCCUUGUCUAUCUAUUUGUACUUUAUUGUUUACAUGUACUUGACGUGCGCUCAGCUGACGUCACUGCCAGAGAUGCCAGCAGCAAAUCUGUGCUGGGAGCUGCGCAGCCGCGCUGCGCAUCCGUCGGCUGAGCUGGACAGCGCAGCCAUUUCUCUGUAUCCUUCAUGAGGAAAAAUACAGGCGGAUGGCGGUUUGUCCAUCAAGGACACAAUUACUAAGCCGACGUGCGGGAGUCAUGACGUUAGCAGCACACACCGAGGCUGGACCUGAACUCAUCACCGACUGAGAUCCGCCAGCUCCAAACUUUCUCCCGAUCCAACGCCUGCGCAGACAAACAGGCUGUCUGUCUGCUGCUUUGUGUUUGCGUGUGUGUGUGUGUGUGUGUCAGCCAUGGAGGGAGAUCUGCACGGAGACUGCAGCGACGUCUCGACUCUGCAUGUGAAAACUGAAGCGGUCGAUGAGAAUCCAUCUGCGCUGGUUGUGGGCAGCCGAGAGCCGCCUGCGCCCUGCGGAGAUACCGCAUGCAGAGGAGGAGGAGGAGGAGUGGAUCAGACUGCAGAGGAGCUGGCUGACAACACAACUACUCCUGUACUGCUGUAUCCUGUGAGCACAGACCGCUUCUUCACCACAUCGGGAGAUGGGAAAACCUACCUAAAGAUAGCUCCAGCUUCCGCAGUCACCUGUGUCCUCUCCUCUCCCCCAGCUUCAGUGAUGCCGCCUGCUCCCUCAGAUAAGACGCUUUCCUCCGGCUCCGACUUCUCCUCCAAAGCCGUGUUGUUUCUGAUCGAGGCAGUCGGCCGCCGCUGGGGCCUGUACGAGACCCGGGAACGCUCGCAGCUCUUCCAGAGCGUCCAGGAGGAGAUGGCCUCCAAGGGGCACGUGCUGCCUGUUGAAAAGAUCCGCCGCAAGUGGAACAACCUCAUUGUCACGUACAAGAGGGUUAAAGACCGCAGCCGGGAGACGGGCCACGCUAAAACGUCCUGGGAGUUCUUCGAUCUGAUGGACGCCACGCUCUGCGACACCGUUGGCACUCAGAUCGUCAACAACAAAAGAAACAAAGGCUGCAACGCCGGUUCCACGCUGCCUGGUCCUUUGGCAAAGAUCGCUGCGAAACCACAGGUUCCGCCGCCCGCCACCAUCAUCCGCCCUAAUGGGGACUUUGCUUCGACGGGUGGCGUGGACUCGGCGGGUCAGGGAGCCUUCGGUAUCGCUGCUACCAUUACCUCAGUGGCUACAGCCACCGUUAGCCCGACAAACACUCCAGAGCUCAAGCCCCUGAUCGUCCUCAACAGUGACAUUGUUGCGACCACUAUUCAUCCAGCCACCAUGGGGCCAUCUCCGUCUUUUAUCUCUUCACCUUGUUUCACAGAGACAACUUCCCCUUCCCUCGGCUCGACUAGCAACGCAGACCUCAACGCAUCGCGCUACGUAGGCCGUAAAGCUCCGUCGUUCUCAUCAGGCGUCAUACCCUUUCGCCUCAGCAACAACCAGAACCUCUUCGGCCUCUCCUCCUCUUUUCCCCCUGCUUCCCCCUCUCUCGCGUCAUCUAUCCCCACUUCGUUAUCUGCAACAACCGAAGGACAGAAUCAGAAAGGGAGCGAGGAGCGAACCAGCGUCGCUUUGUUCCAGGAGUUUCUGAAGCGACAGGAGGAGCAGGCCUAUCUAGACCGGGUGGCUCGCCGCAGGGUGGAAGCCCGAGAGAAGAGGCGCGAGAGGAGGGAGGUACGGAUGGCGGAGUCCCUCGGCAGGGUAGCCACGGCCCUUGAGCUGCUCUCCUCCAAACAGGACACCGUCAUCGCCCUCCUGCAGAGACUGGCUGAUCGGAAGUGAAAAAGUGGGGAAAAGCCUGGAAACUUCUUAAUACUCCUGUUGUGUAGUGACCGCGCCCGAGUUCCAUCAUGCUACUGAAAAGGGUUUUACUCUCCUAAUCUUACUGUGAAUAAGUAAGAGAUAAUGUACAGCGAGCCAUUGUUGUGAAAUAAAACCCUCCGCUGUCUGGGUUUAUUUCACAACAAUGACCGGCUA